UCGUUGACAUUCAGAUGCAUGCACGAGUAUUGGAAUCAGUUUGAUACAAAGAAGACCCAUCCAUAUACUUGUGCUUUAAAGUUCACCAUGCCGACGAAGAAUGUUGUGGAUGAACGUAUGACCAAGUUCAAAAACAAGGGGAAAGAACCUGCGAAACUUCGUGAGCGUCGAAUCGCUGAGUGCGUUGAGUUACGGAAAGCACAUAAGAAUGAGAACUUCUUGAAAAGGAGAAACAUUUCUACUCUACCGGACGACAAGGCUUUGUCACCGGAGUACAUAGCUGAUAAUCACGAGGCCAUUAGUACAGCAAUCGAGGACAUAAUUGGCCACGUGAACAGUGACUGCAAGGACAGGCAGGCUCGAGGUUGCCAAGCUGCCCGGAAGCUGCUGUCUCGGGAGCGAAACCCUCCACUGAAGGAGAUCGUGGAUGCGGGGCUGCUCUCCCGCUUUGUGGAGUUCCUCGGCAGAGAUGACGACCAGACUCUGCAGUUUGAAGCUGCGUGGGCGCUCACGAACAUCGCGUCUGGCACCUCGUGGCACACACAGCAGGUUGUUGAACAUGGCGCAAUACCGGCCUUCAUAUCACUGCUGUCGUCUCCCAUGCUGCAUAUCAGUGAGCAGGCUGUCUGGGCACUGGGUAAUAUCGCAGGCGACGGGGCGGCGUAUCGAGAUGCUCUGAUCGAAUGCAACGUCAUUCCUGCGCUGCUGACUCGCAUCACCCCCGACACUCCUGUGGGCUACCUGCGGAACCUGACUUGGACCCUGUCCAACCUCUGCCGCAACAAGAACCCCUUCCCACCCAUGUCGGCCGUGAAGCAGUUGCUGCCCUCCCUGAUCCAGCUGCUUCACCUGAGCGAUAAGGACAUCCUGUCGGACGCCUGCUGGGCCGUCUCCUACCUAACGGACGGCGCCAACGAGCGCAUCGACGUCGUGGUGACGACGGGCAUCGUGCCCCGUCUGGUGGCACUCAUGGGAUUCGAGGAGCUGACCGUGGUGACACCAGCCCUGCGGUCCAUAGGAAACAUCGUAAGCGGCUCAGACGUGCAGACCCAGGCGGCUAUCGAUGCCGGCGUGCUGGCGGCGCUGCCCCUGCUGAUGAAGCACCCCAAGGCCAGCGUCCAGAAGGAGGCUGCCUGGGCCGUGUCCAACAUCGCGGCGGGUCCCUGUCAGCAGAUCCAGCAGCUGAUCACCUGCGGUCUGAUCCCGCCGCUCGUAGACCUGCUUCGAAACGGGGACUUUAAGACCCAGAGGGAGGUGGUGUGGGCCAUCACUAACUUCACCAGCGGAGGCACUGUGGAGCAGGUGGUCCACCUGGUGCAGAGUGGUGCGCUGGAAGGCGUUCUCGCCAUGCUGCAGGUCAAAGAUGCCAAGACCAUCCUGGUCAUCCUGGACUCCAUCAACAACAUGUUCAUAGCAGCUGAAAAGCUUGGGGAGGUUGAGAAGCUGUGUCUGUUGGUGGAGGAACUUGGAGGGCUGGACCGCAUUGAGAUGUUGCAGAACCACGAGAAUGACACUGUGUACCGAGCCGCCCAGAGUCUCAUUGAAAAGUACUUCAAUGAUGAGAAGGAUUGUCUGAAGACUGAAGCCACAGAGUCUGGCUUUGUGUUCCACACCCCAGAAGUCCAGAAGACCUUUGAGUUUUAAUACCACACACUACCCUUUUCAUGCCCUGAUGUCAUAUUUAAAAAUGAAACUAAUAAAAUUAUAUUUUUGG